UCCAGGUACAUCCAGCUGAACUCACAUCUCCUCUCAACAUGACCUACAACUGCUGCUCUGGAAACUUCUCCUCCCGCUCCCUCGGGCACUGCCUGCCCUCUUCACGUUCCUCCUGUGGCUCUUCCUACCCCAGCAACCUGGUCUACACCACUACCAGCUGCUCUCCCAGCACCUGCCAGCUGGGAUCCUCUCUGAACACCAGCUGUCAGGAGACCUGCAUUGAGCCCAUCAGCUGCCAGAGGUCCUGUGUGGUGUCCAGCCCCUGCCAGACAGCCUGCUACUAUCCCAGGAGCUCCACACCUUGCAGUCCCUGCCAGGGAACAUAUGCUGGGUGUCUGGGCUUUGGGUCCAGGAGCUGCCGUUCCCUGGGCUAUGGAUCUAGAAGCUGCUAUUCAGUGGGUUGUGGAACCAGUGGCUUCAGAUCUCUGAAUUGUGGAGUCUCUGGCUUCCCUUCCCUGGGUUAUGGGUACAGACUCUGCUACCCAACAUACUUGGCUUCUACUACAUUUCAUCCUUACUGUUACACAUCAACCUGUGGGUCUGGGCUUGUUGGAUUCAACUGUUAAAUCUUUGUAGUCUUACAAUAUCAAAAUCAAUAUCUCUGUGUCCUAUAGCCUUGUUGUCAUUCUUCCUUCUUACCACUGUCUUUUCAAUGAUCCCUCAACUACUUCUUUCAUCCUCAACUUCUGACCGAUUUUCAGAAUAAGGAUAACUCAAAAGUAUGCCUUACUGUCUAUCCUCUCAAAUUUAUAUUUGGUUUUCC